CACAGAUCUUGCUUAGACUCCAGACUGAGAUACCUCCAGAGACCUUCUUUUUUUUCCCCAUUGCUCUCUCCUGCAAGGUCCUCAAAGAAUGAGUGAUGCACCGAUGGCCGAAUUUGGACUGGCGGCUCCCUACCUUCGCAAAUCAGACAGGGAGCGCCUAGAAGCCCAAACCCGGCCUUUCGAUAGCCGCAACGAAUGUUUCGUGCCCGACGAGAAAGAGGAGUUUGUCAAGGGCAAAGUGUUGAGCCGGGACAGCGGCAUCGUCACCGUGCAGACGGAGAACGGCAAGACGGUGACGGUGCGGGAGGCUGACAUCCACCAGCAGAAUCCGCCCAAGUUCGACAAGAUCGAGGACAUGGCCAUGCUCACCUUUCUGCACGAACCGGCCGUGCUCUACAACCUGAAGGAGCGCUACGCCUCCUGGAUGAUCUACACGUAUUCAGGCCUCUUCUGCGUGACGGUCAACCCUUACAAAUGGCUCCCCGUCUACAACGCGGAGGUUGUAGCUGCCUACAGGGGCAAAAAACGAAGCGAAGCCCCUCCCCACAUUUUCUCGAUCUCCGACAACGCGUACCAAUACAUGUUGACAGAUCGAGAAAAUCAAUCUAUCCUCAUCACUGGAGAAUCCGGUGCAGGGAAGACGGUCAACACUAAACGAGUUAUCCAGUACUUUGCCAGUAUCGCUGCCAUCGGAGACCGCAAGAAAGAGGCUGCCAACUCCCCCAAGGGAACUCUGGAAGAUCAAAUCAUCCAGGCCAACCCUGCUUUAGAAGCCUUCGGCAACGCCAAGACUGUGCGGAAUGACAACUCCUCUCGUUUUGGUAAAUUCAUCCGAAUUCAUUUCGGGGCAACGGGGAAGUUGGCAUCUGCUGAUAUUGAGACUUAUCUCCUGGAAAAAUCUCGGGUUAUUUUUCAGCUCAAAGCUGAGAGAAAUUACCACAUAUUUUACCAGAUCUUGUCCAACAAGAAGCCGGAACUUCUGGACCUCCUCUUGGUCACCAAUAACCCUUAUGACUACCACUACAUUUCCCAAGGAGAGGUAACGGUGGCCUCCAUUGAUGACUCCGAGGAGCUGAUGGCCACCGAUAGCGCCUUUGAUGUCCUGGGUUUCACCUCGGAGGAAAAAGUUGGCGUCUACAAACUGACGGGUGCCAUCAUGCACUAUGGGAACAUGAAGUUCAAGCAGAAGCAGCGCGAGGAACAGGCUGAGCCAGAUGGGACCGAGGAUGCGGAUAAAUCCGCCUACUUGAUGGGUCUCAAUUCAGCUGACUUGGUCAAGGGGCUCUGCCACCCCCGAGUGAAGGUUGGCAAUGAAUAUGUCACCAAAGGGCAAAAUGUCCAACAGGUGUAUUAUUCCAUUGGUGCCCUGGCCAAGUCUGUGUAUGAGAAAAUGUUCAGCUGGAUGGUGGUCAGGAUCAAUAACACUUUGGAGACCAAGCAGCCUCGGCAGUAUUUCAUUGGUGUGCUGGACAUUGCAGGAUUUGAGAUCUUUGACGUAAGUCCGUUGCAACAGGGAGUACAGUUGUGGGUGUUCAUUGACUUUGGCAUGGACCUACAGGCCUGCAUUGACCUCAUUGAGAAGCCUCUAGGCAUCAUGUCCAUCCUCGAAGAGGAGUGCAUGUUCCCAAAAGCCACCGACAUGACCUUCAAGGCCAAGCUGUACGACAACCACCUGGGCAAGUCGGCCAACUUUGGGAAAGCCCGCAACACCAAGGGCAAGCCGGAGGCGCAUUUUGCCCUUGUCCACUACGCUGGCACCGUUGACUACAACAUCAAUGGAUGGCUGGAGAAGAACAAGGACCCCCUCAAUGAGACCGUUGUGGCUCUCUAUCAGAAGUCGGCCCUGAAGCUCCUGGCUACGCUCUUCUCUAGCUAUGCUGGCAGUGAGGCUGGUGGAGAUGGUGGGAAGGGAAAAGGCUCCAAGAAGAAAGGAUCAUCCUUCCAGACUGUCUCAGCACUUCACCGGGAGAAUCUGAACAAGUUGAUGGCCAACCUCAAAACUACUCAUCCCCAUUUUGUGCGGUGCAUCAUCCCCAAUGAACGAAAGGCACCUGGGGUAAUGGACAACCCCUUAGUCAUGCACCAGUUACGCUGCAAUGGAGUCCUGGAGGGGAUCCGGAUCUGCCGGAAGGGAUUCCCCAACCGGAUUCUCUAUGGAGACUUCAGGCAAAGGUACCGCAUCCUAAAUCCUGCGGCCAUCCCGGAGGGCCAGUUCAUCGACAGCCGGAAGGGGGCAGAGAAACUUCUGAGCUCCCUGGACAUUGACCACAACCAGUACAAAUUUGGACAUACCAAGGUAUUUUUCAAGGCAGGGCUGCUGGGCCAGCUGGAGGAGAUGCGAGAUGAACGCCUUUCCCGCAUCAUCACACGCAUUCAGGCCCGGGCAAGGGGUCAGCUCAUGCGCAUUGAAUUCAAGAAGAUUGUGGAGCGCAGGGACGCCUUGCUCAUUAUUCAGUGGAACAUCCGUGCUUUUAUGGGAGUGAAGAAUUGGCCCUGGAUGAAGCUCUUCUUCAAGAUCAAACCUUUGCUGAAGAGCGCAGAAACAGAGAAGGAAAUGCAGACAAUGAAAGAGGAAUUUGGGAGGCUGAAGGAAGCUCUGGAGAAGUCAGAAGCACGGAGAAAAGAGCUGGAGGAGAAGAUGGUCUCAUUGCUACAGGAGAAGAAUGACCUCCAGUUGCAAGUUCAAGCUGAGCAAGAUAAUCUGAACGAUGCUGAGGAACGCUGCGACCAGCUGAUCAAGAACAAGAUCCAGCUGGAGGCCAAGGUGAAAGAGAUGACCGAACGGAUAGAAGAUGAAGAAGAAAUGAAUGCUGAACUCACUGCUAAGAAGCGGAAGCUGGAAGAUGAAUGUUCAGAACUAAAGAAGGAUAUAGAUGAUUUGGAACUAACCUUGGCUAAGGUGGAGAAGGAGAAACACGCGACAGAGAACAAGGUGAAAAACCUCACUGAAGAAAUGGCCGGUCUGGAUGAGAUCAUUGCAAAACUUACUAAGGAGAAGAAAUCACUGCAGGAGGCCCACCAGCAAGCAUUAGAUGACUUCCAAGUUGAAGAAGACAAAGUCAACAGUCUCAGCAAAGCCAAAAUGAAGCUGGAACAACAAGCAGAUGAUCUCGAAGGCUCUCUGGAACAGGAGAGGAAGAUCCGGAUGGAUCUGGAACGGUCAAAGAGGAAGAUUGAAGGAGACUUAAAGUUGGCACAAGAGAACAUUAUGGACUUAGAGAAUGAUAAACAACAGCUGGAAGAAAAAAUUAAAAAGAAAGAGUUUGAUAUCAACCAGCAGAACAGCAGGAUUGAAGAUGAACAAGCUUUGGGCUCACAGCUGCAGAAGAAACUGAAGGAGCUACAGGCACGGAUUGAAGAGCUGGAAGAGGAGAUGGAGGCAGAGCGCGCAGCCCGCGCCAAGGUAGAAAAGCAACGCUCUGACCUUUCGCGAGAACUCGAGGAAAUCAGCGAGCGGCUGGAGGAGGCCGGAGGAGCCAACCCAGUACAGAUGGAGCUGAACAAGAAACGGGAGGCCGAGUUCCAGAAGAUGCGGCGUGACCUGGAAGAGGCCACCCUGCAGCAUGAGGCCACAGCGGCCACCUUGCGCAAGAAGCACGCUGACUCUGCGGCAGAGCUGGGCGAGCAGAUCGACAACCUGCAGCGUGUGAAGCAGAAGCUGGAGAAGGAGAAGAGCGAGCUGAAGCUAGAACUGGAUGACGUGGCCUCCAACAUGGAGCAGAUUCUGAAGGCCAAGGCAAAUUUAGAGAAGAUGUGCCGCACGAUAGAGGACCAGUGUGCAGAUUACCGUGCCAAAUUGGAGGAAACGCAGAGGACCCUCAAUGACACCAACACACAGCGAGCUAAACUGCUGACUGAAAAUGGAGAAGUCACUCGACAGCUCGAAGAGAAAGAGGCUCUUGUUUCUCAGCUUACUCGUGGGAAACAAUCCUACACACAGCAAAUGGAGGACCUGAAGAGACAAUUAGAAGAGGAGUCCAAGGCCAAAAAUGCCCUGGCACACGCUCUGCAGUCAGCCCGCCAUGACUGCGACCUGUUGAGAGAACAGUAUGAGGAGGAGAUGGAAGCCAAGUCGGAGCUCCAGCGCUUGCUCUCCAAGGCCAACUCUGAAGUGGCACAGUGGAGAACCAAGUAUGAAACAGAUGCCAUCCAGAGAACAGAGGAACUGGAAGAAGCCAAGAAGAAGCUGGCCCAGAGGCUCCAGGAAGCCGAGGAGGCGGUGGAGGCCGUGAACGCCAAAUGUUCCUCGCUGGAGAAGACCAAGCACCGUCUUCAGAAUGAGAUCGAAGAUCUCAUGGUGGAUGUGGAGCGCUCAAACGCGGCCGCAGCUGCCCUGGACAAGAAGCAAAGGAAUUUCGACAAGAUUCUUUCUGAAUGGAAGCAGAAGAAUGAAGAAUCUCAGGCAGAAUUGGAGGCCUCACAGAAAGAGUCCCGUUCACUCAGCACUGAGCUCUUCAAGCUGAAGAAUGCUUACGAGGAGUCCCUGGAACACCUGGAGACGUUAAAAAGAGAGAACAAGAAUUUGCAAGAGGAGAUUUCUGAUCUCACAGAACAGUUGAGUCAAGGGGCCAAAAGUAUGCAUGAGUUGGAAAAAGUGAAAAAGCAGCUUGAGUCCGAGAAAGUGGAGUUACAGGCAGCUCUGGAGGAGGCUGAGGCCUCUCUGGAACAUGAGGAAGGAAAGAUCCUCCGAGCUCAGCUGGAAUUCAACCAAAUUAAGGCCGAUAUUGAGCGCAAGUUGGCUGAGAAGGACGAGGAAAUGGAGCAGGCCAAGCGGAAUCACUUGAGGAUGGUGGACUCGCUUCAAGCAUCCUUGGACGCCGAGACCCGCAGCCGCAACGAGGCCCUGAGGAUCAAGAAGAAGAUGGAGGGUGACCUCAAUGAUAUGGAGAUCCAACUUAGCCAAGCUAAUCGGGUGGCCGCUGAGGUUCAGAAGCACCUCAAAAUUGCUCAUGCCCAUCUCAAGGACAACCAGAUUCAACUGGACGAUGCCCUACGAGCCAACGAGGACUUGAAGGAGAACAUCGCCAUUGUGGAAAGGCGGAACACUCUGCUGCAGGCUGAGCUUGAAGAGCUACGCAGCGUGUUGGAGCAGACGGAGCGUGGGCGGAAACUGGCAGAGCAGGAACUGACAGAGGCCAGUGAGAGGGUCCAGCUCCUCCACUCCCAGAACACCAGCCUCAUCAACCAAAAGAAGAAGAUGGAGAACGAUCUGACCCAGCUUCAGUCAGAAAUGGAAGAAGCUGUGCAGGAGUGCAGAAAUGCUGAGGAGAAGGCCAAGAAGGCCAUCACAGAUGCGGCCAUGAUGGCGGAGGAGCUGAAGAAGGAGCAGGACACCAGCGCCCACCUGGAGAGGAUGAAGAAGAACAUGGAGCAGACCAUCAAGGACCUGCAGAUGCGUCUGGACGAGGCAGAGCAGCUGGCCCUGAAGGGGGGCAAGAAGCAGCUUCAGAAACUGGAGGCCCGGGUGCGGGAACUGGAGAACGAGCUGGAAUCGGAGCAGAAGCGCAACGUGGAGAACGUCAAGGGCAUGCGCAAGUGCGAGCGCCGCAUCAAGGAGCUCACCUACCAGACUGAGGAGGAUAAGAAAAACUUGCUGAGACUCCAAGACCUGGUAGAUAAAUUGCAAGUGAAGGUCAAAGCCUAUAAAAGACAAGCCGAAGAAGCGGAGGAGCAGGCCAACACCAACCUCGCCAAAUUUCGGAAGGCCCAGCACGAGUUGGAUGAAGCCGAGGAGCGGGCGGACAUCGCAGAGUCCCAGGUCAACAAGCUGAAGGCCAAAAGUCGUGAUGUGGGAGGAAAGAAACUUCAUGACGAAGAGUGAGGAAGUCUGGAAAACCUCAGUUUAGCCAAACCAGCAAUUUAACAAUCUUUGCCUUGAGACGCCAUAGCAUGAAUAUAGUGCAGUGAAUAAAUCUGAAUAGCAACUCGAAUCCCA